AUGGUAAAGACGAUUAGUAAUAGUGGUGAUGAUGACGGUGACAACUGUGUUGAUGAUGGGAAGAAACAAGGUGAAGCAACGAAUGGGACAACAAAGGCUCUGACACGCAGUGAGAUACUAAGGAAAAAGACUGAAGAAACUCGAGGCUGUCUUCCGUGGAUUCGUCUGAAGUUAAUGAUAUCGUCAAAUCAACGCUCAUUUCUGCUCAUUUUCUGUUUAUGUUGA